AUGUCUAUCGACACGUGGCUCCCCACCUUAAACAAAACUCGAAAUGUGCUCACCUAUUUCGGGAUAUCUGUCAACGCGAUCCUUGUUCCAGUCAUCUUUUUGAAGUCUCCAAAAGACCUUGGUCUCUACAAAUAUAUGAUGAUCUACAUUUCAACUUUUGAAAUAUUUUUCGGUUGUGUGGAGUUGUUGACAAUUCCGGACUUUUUCACAAAGGACUCUGCAUUUUUCGUGAUGGUUGAUCCCGCAAAAACUAUCCUUCCGCAAUUUUUGAUUCAAACCGCGGACUUACUGUUCUGCGGAUCUUUUGCGGUCUCGCUUGGAAUAUUCGGCUUCCAGUUUGCAUAUCGUUAUCAGGUUUUGAAUGGAAACUCAUCCUGGACAUCUAGCCGCCCUCUAAACUUUCUCUUCUGGUUAGGAUCUCCGCUGAUAUUCGCUACGAUAUGGUCAGCAGCUAUUGCAGUGUUCAUGCCAUUGAAUAACUUUGCAAAAAUCGUUUUGAUAAGAGAAUCAGUGUUUCCGAGUGAUGUGGAGCUUGACAAUAUUGGAUUUUGCGGGGCGCUGUUUUAUCCAAAAUCUGAGGAUGGUACAGAGGUGAUCAACUGGGAUUCAAUGAGAGGAGUCGCCGUGACUACGACUAUACUGAUAAGCUCUGAAAUAACCAUGUUCUUCUUUGCAUUGAAAUGCUUCCUGGCCACCAAGUCACUAAUGAAUCAAUCCGGCCACUCAAAAAACUUCCGUCAUCUUCAAUGGCAAUUGUUUUACGCCCUCGCUCUCCAGACCCUUAUCCCGAUCACACUGAUUCAAGGCCCAUUCUCUACAAUUUACAUGACCACAUUGCUUCUAGACUGUUCAACUCCAUUGUUCGGAAAUUUCUUAGCAUUUUCCAUCACAUUGUACUUGGCGAUAGACGCACUUCCAACUAUUUUCAUCAUUAAGCACUAUAGACAAGCCAUAUUUGGGUAUUUCAAGCAGUUCAAAAUAGUGCGAGUUCAACCGAAACCGUAUCAGGUAUCAACGGCUAAUAUCCAUCGCAGCAGCGUCUACUAA